AAAAUCAUUUUUGCAAAUUUUAUAUUAUGUAUAUCAUUUUUAUGAUAUAUUCUAGUGCGCUUCCAUACUAAGAUCACUUUUCAACACUGUCUUGUUGAUAUUUAUCCCACGAAACGGAGGAGUGAAACAGUAAAAAGGAAAAUUUAGUAUGCGUGUGGAAGUGGAAAAUUAUUUUGUCCUAUAUUAAUUUAAAAAUAAAAGUUUCUAAAGAUAAAAUUAAUUAUAUUAGCAUAUAAAGUAUAAAGAAAACGUGUGCAAUGAAACAGAAGUGAAAAUAAUUUAUAGAAUUUCAAACAAGAAAUUUGUGAAGUUCUAUGAAAAGGGCAAUGAUGUUGCAGACAUCUACAACAUAGUUUUUCUCACCGCCUUAAAAGAUUCUACAAAGUUUAUUAAAAGUGCUGCAUUAAAAUACAUUUGAUUAACAAAGAGUGCCAUCAAAAAAAGUUAAAGUAUAGUAAAUCUAGCAGAGUAAUUAAAUCCAUUGUUCGAGAUCGACAUAACAUUAAACAUAAUUUAAACAUGGCACCUCAGGCCUGUUCAGUUUUCUCCAGUGAUUUCUGGAAGAACGAUCCACCUGAUAUUGUGGAGCUUACGUGCUUUAUGCCCAAUGGAAUUUUCAUACUGAUGAAUGUUUCUGUAACUGCAACAAUAAAAGAAAUAAAAACGGAAAUGAUUCGAAAAUCAAAAAACUAUCCAUUAAAUCAUCUUAUUAAAGAUGCGUGCGAUUAUGAAGUUAGUGGUAUUUCUUCUUAUGCCAAUGUUGAUGCAUUUACUGACGAGACUAAACGCCUUUCCGAAGUGCAGCCUUAUUUUUGUUUAUUACGCUUAGGAGAACGCAGUGAAACCACAGCUGCUUCUAGUGAUUAUGAGUUGUCUAAGUUAGUUAGCAAUAUGAUAGGAAAAUCAUAUGAGGAAUAUUGUGCUCAAUCUAGUCCAGAAGUAGAUGACUUUCGUCGGAAAAUGACACAAGUCUGUGACGAAAUUGAGUUAGAGCGAUCGAAGUUUUCUUGGUCGGAGAAGUUAUUAUAUGAGCAUCCUUUACGUUUGGCUAACACUCCUGUAAUGCCAAAUAUAAUUAAAAGUAGAUUGGGGAAUUCAAAUUUUUUAAUAGUUGUCAAAUUAGAAAAUGAUGAGACUUCUUUUACUAUAUCAGCUAGUGAACAUGAUACGCCGAAAAGUUUUAUUGAACAAGCCCUUUCAAAAAUGUCUCGCGCACAAAUAAGAGUUAGCGAUCGUGCAUCCGACUAUAUAUUAAAAAUGCGUGGACGAGAAGAAUACCUGUUUGGUGAUUUUCCUUUGAUACAAUUCAUAUAUAUACAGGAAAGCCUUUCUGGUUCUGAUGUCCCAAAUGUAGUUUUAAAGCCUAUAAACACAUUGCAAUCUUAUAUUACUUAUAAGCAGGAACUAAAUGCUGUUCCGAAAAGACCACCUAAACCGGAUAGCCUGCGUCCAUUAACAAAUUCAAUGCACAAACGACAAAAAAGCUAUUCAUCUUGGGAUAUACAGGAGUGCUUUCGUGUAAAACUUAUUCGAAUUGAUAAUGUUAAUUGCGAUUUAGGGCGUGCUAUAAAAGUUGGUAUACGAAUAGGACUUUAUCACGGUGAACGAAAACUUUGCGCUCACCAAUCUAUGGAAAUGCCUAUUAGCAACUUACGUUCAUUUUUAUUUGAUAAGGAUAUAUCAUUUGAAAUUGAUGUAAAAAAUUUACCACGAAUGACAAGAGUGUGCAUGGUAAUUUAUGAAGUAACUAAAGGAUCACGAUCAAAAAAAUCAUCAAAUACUAAUAAAGAUACAGUAUUUAAGGAAGCCAAACCAAAUGGUGGUAAAAAUCCAUUGGCAUGGGUUAAUACUACUUUAUUUGACUAUAAACAUCAUUUGCGGAAAGGUGUCUUACAACUUCAUACAUGGACUCAUGCAGAUGAUAUACAAUCAGAUGAACAAUUUCAUCCUUUAGGUACAAUAGAGCCAAAUCCCCGAAAAGAUGAAUGUGCUGUAGUGCAACUGACAUUCCACAGUUACGGUUGCGAAAACAUACAGUUUCCUCCAGAAGAUGCUGUACUUCGAUAUGCGGGUGAAUUGAUGAAUAGCGGAAAUAUAAAUCGCGACUUACCAGAAGAUUGUACAAAAACGGUCAACGAAGUUUUAUCGCAAUAUUUAAGGAGCGAUAAGCUGUAUGAAAUGCAUGACCAAGAUCGCAAUGCUAUAUGGUCCAGAAGACUAGAUAUAAAGGAUGAAGCUCCAGAGGAACUUUCAGUGUUACUGCAUUGUGUUACUUGGAAUACACGUGAUGAUGUUGCUAUUAUGUGGAGUUUGUUAAAACAAUGGCCAACCGUUUCAGUGGAAAGAUCAUUAGAACUUCUCGAUUAUGCUUAUCCAGAUCCAGCAGUACGAAAAUUUGCUAUACGGUGCUUGCGUAUGUUAAGAGAUGAAGAACUUUUACUAUAUCUCUUGCAAUUGGUACAGGCUAUGAAACACGAAUCUUAUCUUGAUUGCGAUUUGGUUACGUUUGUACUUGAACGAGCUUUACGAAAUCAGCGAAUCGGUCAUUAUUUCUUUUGGCAUUUACGCUCUGAAAUGCAAACACCAUCUAUGCAGACUCGAUUUGGUUUACUUCUCGAAGCAUAUUUAAAGGGGUGCAGACCACAUGUACCCUUACUGCGUAAGCAGUUACAAGUUUUAGAAAAAUUAAAGCAGGGAUCAGAAUUAGCUAAAAAAGGAAGCAAAGAAAAAGUACGUUAUAUGCUGCAGGAUUUUUUAUCUAAUCAGCGCAAUUGUGGCGCAUUUCAAAGUUCACAAAAUCCACUCAAUCCAAGUUUCCGCUGUAAAGGUGUAAAACCAGAAAAGUGCAAAGUUAUGGAUUCUAAAAUGCGUCCGUUAUGGAUUGUAUUUGAAAAUGCUGAUCACAAUUGCAAUGAUAUUUACAUAAUAUUUAAAAACGGUGAUGACUUACGACAGGAUAUGUUAACGUUACAAAUGUUGCGUGUUAUGGAUCAAUUGUGGAAGAACGAAGGUAUGGACUUCCGUAUGAACAUAUAUAAUUGUAUUAGCAUGGAACGGCGCUUAGGCAUGAUCGAAGUAGUGUUAAACGCUGAGACUAUUGCAAACAUACAGAAAGAGAAGGGUAUGUUUUCAGCAACGUCGGCAUUUAAGAAGGGGUCCCUUUACAGUUGGCUUAAAGAAUACAAUAAGACAGACGAUGAAAUGAAUAAAGCUAUUAAGGAAUUCACACUUAGUUGCGCGGGAUAUUGUGUAGCGACUUAUGUUUUAGGUGUAGCUGACAGACAUUCAGAUAAUAUUAUGGUUAAACGAAAUGGACAGCUUUUUCAUAUUGAUUUCGGUCAUAUACUUGGCCAUUUUAAAGAAAAGUUCGGUGUAAGACGUGAACGAGUUCCUUUUGUACUUACGCAUGAUUUUGUAUAUGUUAUAAAUAAGGGGCGUGCUGAUCGGGAAUCAGACGAAUUUAGAUAUUUUCAAAAUAUGUGCGAAAAGGCAUUUCUAGUUUUACGUAAGCAUGGCUGCCUUAUUUUGUCGUUGUUUUCUAUGAUGAUUUCAACUGGACUGCCAGAGUUGUCCUCCGAAAAGGAUCUGAAUUAUUUAAAAGAAACAUUGGUACUCGAGUAUACAGAAGAAAAAGCACGGGAACAUUUUAAAUCUAAGUUUAGUGAAGCGUUAGCAAAUUCAUGGAAGACGUCUCUAAAUUGGGCUUCUCAUAACUUCUCAAAAAAUAAUAAACAAUAA